AUGGCCUUCUGGCUGCGCACCUGCGCCAGCUCCCAUGGCAAUCACUGUUGCCCUCCCCCGCGGCCGGGUGCUGCGCGUCCGCUGUGGCUGAUUGACGUCGGACUCGCCGUAAAAGAUGGCCGCGAAGAGGAGAACUCUUCCGCUAAGCUGUAUCACUACGUGGCGCUGAGUUAUGUCUGGGGCCAGGCCUUAAGCGCGACCGCGACGCUUGCCAACAUCGCCGCCUUGCAGAACCCCGGAGCCCUUGGUGGCCAGGAUAUUCCGGCUACGAUACGGGAGGCUAUGGAGCUGACGCGGCUUCUUGGUGAGCGGUAUCUCUGGGUCGAUAGGCUCUGUAUUGUGCAAGAUGACGAAGAUGCAAAGCCUGCGCAGCUGCGGGGUAUGGCGGACAUUUACGCCGGAGCCACCUUGACUAUUGUUGCUGCGCAGGGGCGCGGCGCGGAUGAGCCUUUGCAUCAUGGGCUGGUCGAUGAGGCCGAGGAAGAGGAGGCCGAAAGCGGCCAAGGCGUGCUGCCUUGUCUGAAGGAGGUCUCCCCCGAGGAGUGGGCGCAACGUCUGCGAGAGUCUAGGGAGGGGCCGCCGCGUUCUUCCCGAAGAGUAGUUUCUCCAGAGGAUGAUUACUACGGCUCCCCCUUGUACUAUGGAUACCAGUCGGAUCAAAAUCAGCAAGCUGAUGCUUAUAUUGACUGUAUGCCAGUCAACAAGCCAUUCUCACCUUUCACUAUGGGAUACGGCGGCUCACCUCACUACAUAGGGUGCGGCUCACCCUACGAUUCACCUUCCCCCAUGGAUAUCGAGUCACCUAAUUUCCUUUCUGCAUCGCCCUCAUACACUGAAGUCGAGUCACCUGUGGUAAACGAAUGGAACUCGCCUCCAUCCCCUGUCAACGAACCACCAGCUAUCCCGAAUGGGGACACAGAUGCUCCGCCUGACGUGCCUGAUACUUUCUCCGCCAUAGAGGCGCCGAUCGUUCGCCGUCAACAAGAGGUGGAUACGCAUCGCGCUAUCAUGGAGGGGCAUUCUCGGGACUUGAUCAACACGGCGUGGUGUCAGAGGGGCUGGACGUUCCAAGAGCUCAUGUUUUCUCGACGACAACUUGUGUUUCACAACGAUACUGUCAACUGGCAGUGUCAUUGCGCGUCCUGGCAUGAGAAUCAAAAAUACAUAGUGACGGGGCCUUGUAGUGGUGUUGAGGAAGAGGAACAACACAGCGUCGACGACAGCAUGAGAAAGAACAAUAGCAGUGACGACAACACCGAGAACGGGAACGACAACAGCGUCUCUGCCCCAUCAUCAACUCAACUUUUACCUGGCGUCUCCCCGUGGCCUGACUUCCACCGGUACGCCAGGCUGGCCGCGCUGUAUAAUAAGCGAGUCCUAACAUAUGACCACGACGUCCACGAUGCUUUUACCGGAGUCCUAUCCGCAUUUGGCCAAUCAUUUCCCGGCGAUUUCAUCUGUGGCCUGCCUCGCAUCUUCUUCGACGCCGCGCUGCUAUGGCAGCCUUACGACCCUUUAGUCCGUCGCACCAGCCAUCUCUCCUCCGCUCUACCGAGUUGGUCGUGGAUGGGGUGGCAGGGUAAUCUCCAGUCCGAAAGCUGGCGCAGCGGUUAUCAAUAUCUGCGCGACGGAAACCCCGACGAUUCGGACAACUUUUGGCGGCCUAAUUCUUGGCAGACUCGGCGGACGGUCGUGUGGUCGUACUCGUUGACUCUGAAUGGGGAACGACUCCCGGUACGGGAUGCGACUGCCGAGUUAUCAGACGAUCCGGUAUCAAAAGGGUGGUGCGAGAAGUAUUGCGAACAGGCCCAGAAGCCAUACUUCACUCAUCCUCAAGCGGGAGCACAGAAAUUCUGGUUUCCUAUCCCUCUAGCCACAAUGGCCAGCAUCAACGAUAGUCCUCCGUCAUGCCCGCCCGCUUACCUGCAUGGUCUCACCCGACGGGGAACCCUCCAAAUUCGCAAACUAUUCCACGAUCAUGGCACUUCGCAGUGCAUAUGCGCGACCCUGUGUGACUCGAAUGGUCGUUGGGCUGGCGUGCUGAGACUUAACGCUGCCUCCUCGGAUCCCGGUGAGUAUUACGGAGGAGCAGUUGGCGAGGCGUGCGGACUGGUUGAAAUCUCGGCGGGAUCCGCCGAGAACCAACCAAGAGAAGACGUUGGCUUUGACGGGUGGGAGGAAGCUGAGUUCGCGCGGCACAGGGGGAAGUACGAGUUUGUUAACGUCCUGUGGGUUGAGUGGAGAGACGGCAUGGCAUACCGCAAGGCAUUGGGGCGAGUCUGGGAGACUGCGUGGGCAAGGGUUGCCUCAGAGGAUGUGCAGAUUACGCUUGGGUGA